UCACCUACUCCCGAAUAGCGAAUCCAGCCAACCAUGAUAUGCUGGAUGAGUUUGUGUUUGUGGUGUGUUGAGUUCAUUGCACCAAAAGAGAGAGAGAGAUUGUUAUGGUUUAUGUAUGCGUUAAGUGGAGGUUUAAGGGAGGGUUACAAGUUACAGGUCCACCAACUGGUGGUUAGGGUUUGAACCCUUCCAAGCAAACAACCACCCUCCCAUCUUCCACACACGCACGAUUUUCAUGAGGCGUUUGCCACACGUGAGAAACUCGACAAUGAUUGACCAUGAAAUUUACUAAUUAUUUAUUGCUUUUUACAAAAAUAAAUUAAAAAAGUAGGUGGUGUUGGCAAUGGCAACUAGACAAGUUCUCCCAUUUAAUAAUAAUAUAUAUUUUUAUUGGUUGGUGCCGUUGUUCCAAUGAUAAGGAGGUCGGUCUUUGUUUCAAAUACUAUAUCUCUUGGGAUUGCCAUUUGUCUCGGUUAUACCUCAAACUCAACACAAUUUAUGGAUUUUUGUCUAUCAUUUCUGCUCUAAGACCACUCUUUUCCAAUUUUACUCCCCUGCCUUUAUCUCUCACUUUCAGUUUCUGUUGUACACAGUUUUGACAUUUUAAUUCAACGAGCUUUUAAUGAUUCAACAUGGUUCUUACCUUAUUCACCUAACGAAACAGAAUAGCAGGGGGUUUAUUAUAAUACCAUCGCUACUCAUGUCCAGCUGACUCCAUUGUGAAGAAACCGGAAAUCAGCUUAUAAUGUAUCCCAACCAAGCCUUUUCUUCAGGAUCUUAUGCAGAGAUGAUGUCUGGGACCUCACUGUUACCUCAUGACUACAGUGAAUCUGUAGGAGGACAAAAUGAGGUGAAGUUUAUCACAGCUAUGGGUGGCACAGUGACUAUGCAAUCUAUUAAUGGACAUUCCAAUGCUGCAACUGGUGAUCCUGCAUGCAACUCUUAUGCUGGAGAUUCCCAUGUUGUUUCAAGGACACAAAUGGGAAUUGUAGAUAGUGAGCAAAACAUGCAGUGUCAUGGCUUAUCUCUCAGUCUCGGGACAAUCAUGCCUUCUACUUCAUCUGUCCCUCCAUUUCAAUACCAAUAUCACGACACAGGUCUCUUGCCGCUAAUGACUGAUUUUCCAAACCUCAAGGGAACUAUGUCUCUCAAAGAUGAUGAGGCUAAUAACCUACAUAAGGAGUUGAGAAGUGCUGAAUGCAUGGCAUCUGUGUCUUCUGGAGGCUUUCAUGACAUGAUCAAAAAGGAGGGUUUUUACAACCCCCACACCUCAAUGUGUCUUAAAGAAGUUCCCUCUGAUCCAUGCCUUCAAGGAUCACAAGGUUACUCAAACAGUAUUUUGAACUCCCAAUACCUUAAGGAAGCACAGGAGUUGCUUGAUGAAAUAGUUAGUGUCCGAAAGGCUUUGAAGCAACCUGGAAUGGAAAAACAAGAGAAUUGCCGUGACAUUGGAUUAGAUGGCUCUAAAGAUUCGGAUGGGAAAUCUACCGGUGCUAAUGGUUCUACUGCCAAUGCUUCUAUUGAACUAUCACCUGGAGAACGGCAGAACUUGUUGGACAAGAAAACAAAGCUUUUGUCCAUGCUGGAUGAGGUAGAUAAAAGAUACAGACAGUACUGCCAUCAGAUGCAGAUCGUGGUGUCAUCUUUUGACAUGGUUGCUGGGUGUGGAGCAGCAGAACCAUAUACCACACUUGCUUUAAGAACAAUUUCUCGCCACUUUCGGUGUUUGCGUGAUGCCAUAAGUGGCCAAAUUCAAGUGACACAAAGGAGCCUUGGGGAGCAAGAGGGAAUACCCCGUCUCCGCUAUGUGGAUCAGCAACUUAGACAGCAAAAGGCCCUUCAGCAACUUGGUGUAAUGAGACAAGCUUGGAGGCCUCAGAGGGGGCUUCCAGAAAGCUCUGUUUCAAUACUCCGUGCUUGGCUCUUUGAACAUUUUCUUCAUCCUUACCCCAAGGAUUCAGAGAAAAUUAUGCUAGCAAGGCAAACAGGCUUGACCAGAAACCAGGUGGCAAAUUGGUUCAUCAAUGCACGGGUGCGUCUUUGGAAGCCAAUGGUUGAGGAAAUGUACAAAGAGGAGUUUGGAGAAUCCGAGAUGAACUGCAACCUGUCAUCUGAGAACACAGUGAAAGGUAAAAGAGAUCAUGUUCAAGAGUGUGAUAAUAAUAAAUGGGAAGAGUCACAGGACAAUUUAGUAACUGUUGACAGUGUCCAAGUCCAACCUCAUGAUGGGUUGAAGCCGGAAUUACAUGCAGAAAUGGAUAGAGGGGUCCAUGCCGAAAACGUGGUAAUGGAUCCUGGAACUGGGAAAUUGCAAAACCAAAGGCUUGGCAUGAGCAACAACAACAACCUUUAUUCUAUUUCAACCAACCAGAACGGUGGGGAUGGGAGCCUAAUGGGUUCUACUCAUGCCACAUAUGAUUUAUCAGAGUUGGGUAACUUUACCGUGGGAGGCCACGUCUCGCUUGCGUUGGAGUUGAGGAACUGUGAAAGUGAUGGGUUUGCCAUGUCUGAUGAUGCCAUCCACAAACGACGUAAUCAAACAUUGGCUUCUUCCCCUGAGGCUGAUUUGUUAGAUUAUCAUUUCACGGAUUCAGGAAAGCAACAACACAGGUUCGGCAAUCCCCAUCUGCUGCAUGAGUUUGUCGUAUGAAAUCUAGCAAAAAUAUUUUAUGAUCUCUGGAGAGGUGUACCUCCACUAAGCUUAAAGAGAAAGCCUAUGCUGGCUGCCGCUGCUGCUGCUACCCUUUUUUCUUCCUCAUUCUUGUUGCCCAUUGUUCGUAAAAGUGAUGCAAAUCACGAACCGUACAAAAAUAUACAGGUAGAUAUGUGUAGAUAUAUUCGCUUGUAAUAUUACAGAUGAUUGGUUGUAUGUAUGUGCAGGCAAUUUUUGUAAGGAUAAAAGAACACGUCUCGUGCAUUAUGUUGAAUAAGGAAUCUUGUAAAAGAAAAUAAAUAAAUAAAACAGCACGGUAACAAGUACGAU